AUGCAUCUCUCAAAAGGUCAAACAUAUGAGAAGCUAGAAGACAAAGAAUCCUCGGAUUUAACAGACGGGAGUUCAUCCGAGCACUCGCUCUUACGUGAUGGACAGUCUGGCCGUCUAGAAACCUGGAACAUCCGGGAUUCUGUCCAGGUGUCUCGCCGGCGAUUAGUGGGUUUUAUGAUUGCUGGAUUGGUCCUAGCAACCAAUAUCUGCACAAUGGGAAUCUGCUUUCUCUACUUUUCCUCAGGGAAUACUCUCCUUCGAUGGACAUCAGGCUAUUCACCAAUAUUUGAUCGCCUCCAUAUCCCCGCAAUAUCUAAGGAGCUUCAUAUCCCACUUUUCCCCAACAUAUCAGAUCCCCGAGAUAUCUAUCGCUUGCCACCAUCCCCUGAGGUAGACGCUGCUUGGGAUCGGAUAUCCAACAUUGGCCUGCACAGUAUCUCGGAGACAGACGUCCGCCGCCUCGGAAAGGACCCUAUGCUAGCCAUCCAUUCUCCCACUGAGUGGUGGUCGGAGGAAUGGGGUUCAGGAUGGAUGGUAGAGAUUGACGCAUUCCAUCAGAUUCAUUGUCUCAAUGCCCUCCGUAAAGGGUUGAUAACAAACUAUCAAUACUAUUGGGGAGAUCGCUAUGACUUAGAGCCCCCCGUAACAUUUGCCAUGCAUCUGAACCAUUGCAUGGGGGCAUUGUUGGAGAAUCUAAUGUGCCAUGCUGACGUGGAUACCGUGACUUACAACUGGCGUGAAACGCAAGUGUCUCCCUUUCCAGAUUUUGCCAUCCGCAAACAAUGUCGGGACUUCAAUGCGAUUUUGGAGUGGCAGGAGAAGCACAAGUUGAAGAACGGCCACGACCGCUGGUAUGCCUUUGAGAAGCCCGCGGAUGCGAAGCAACGAGAAGUGCCUCCCGGUCUUACUGAGUUGGGAGAGGGCACAGGCAGGAAAAAUGGGCAGCCGGUACAGCGACUUGAUGGAUUACCACCCCAGUGCGUGUGA